ACUUAUUACUUGUCCUCUUUAAAUUUUUCCAAGCUGCAUCAUGCCGCGUUCGGCUCCUACUCCCCCCGAUUCUAGCGAGAUGCGAGGAGACACGCUCUCCUUUGGGAGUUCUUCUCGGGGGGGUUCUUCUGCCGUUCCGACCAAGUCGGGUCUGAGCUCGACUCCGCCGCCCUCACUGCGGGACUCUUGGGACUCUCUUUUCGAGUCUGCCUCGGUGCAUCGUGAUCCUUCUGCCGAGUUACCGGGGUCCACCGAUUCGUCGGAGGAUGAUGAUGAGAAGACACCGUCUCCUCCGGCUCCGCCGACCCGCCGCGGGGUCGUUCCCGCGGUUCCUGCCGUGCGCGGGCGUGGAGGCCGAGGUCGCCAAUUCUUAGCUCCUCCCUCACCGGUCUCCAGUGCGGGUUCCGUGGCGUCUCACCACCCGAGCCAGAGCUCCUCUGAAGACUCGGGGUCGCCCAGCCAAGCUGAGUCCACCGGGCACUCCGCCAUCAGCCAGGCUUAGCCCGGAGCUGUGGCGUGCAGCGAAGUUAGCUCGGAUUUUAAAUUCCGUUAGGUUGAAUGAUUGUAAGGCGUUUAUGCCAUGUACUUGCCCGUUUUCCGGAAUAAAUAAAUCGUUUUUGAUUAAAUCUCGUUUUCGCUU